CGGGAAUGUGGCAGUUUCUCUGCUCAGCAUGGUGGGAAUCACCAUGAACAGGUACAUCUUGAUCGCCUACAAUUCAGUUUAUUCAUCGGUGUACCGGCCAAUGUACAUCUGGCUGCAGCUCUUCCUGGUCUGGGUCGUAUCAUUCUCGCUGCUCAUUCCACCAGUGCUGGGCGUUUGGGGUCAAAUGGGACUCGAUGAGAUGACUUUCUCCUGCACAAUUCUGCCUGAUGAGUCAGGGCGAUCGCCGAAGAAGGUGCUCUUCCUCGUGGGAUUUCUCAUUCCAUGCAUAGUCAUCAUCAUUUCCUACACCUGCAUUUAUUGGACUGUGCGACGGCAGCGGAUGCGACUGAGGAAUCACGCUGGCCUCCAGAGUGGCGGUUCUAAUGGUAAUCGCGAACGAGAAGACUCUAGACUCACCACGAUGAUGCUGACCAUCUUCUGCUGCUUCCUGCUUUGCUUCCUGCCGCUCAUGCUCGUCAACGUGUUCGACAACGAAGUCGACUAUCCGGCCAUUCACGUCCUGGCCUCUGUCAUGUGCUGGGCAUCAGGCGUUAUAAAUCCCUUCAUCUACGCCGCAAGCAAUCGCAACUAUCGCGUUGCAUACAAGAAGUUGUUCAGGAAGCUCUUCUUCUGGAGCGACUAUGUGAGUCCGAUGCCCAGCAAGAGCGUGCCCGCCAGUAGGAUUUCCAAAGAUGCCUCCAUGCAAAUCCAGAAGGACAACAAUAGAGAAGCUGAUCCUUCGUGCGUGAUCGACAUUGAAGCGAAAGCUAAAGACGCAGUUAUUCAGUUGUAAAAAUAAUUUAGAAUACCCGACUGAAAUUCAUAGCCAUAAUCUUAAUAUUAAGUGAAAUAUUAACUUAAGAACAUCUGAACUACACUACCAAAGUAUUAUUUAUGAAGUUCAUUCCUCAUUCUCGAAAAAUUUCAAUGAAGUCAAUAUUUUAAUGAAUUA